CGCACACUGUCGCACGCGCCUCCUCCUCCGGUCAUCCCACUCUACCCUCUGGCCUCCGUCGCUCGCCGGUUCUGCUUGCAUGCACCGGCAGCGGCGGCCUCCUCCAGGAUCAAGAGCCCCAACCAACUUUUUUUUUUUAAGAACCCCGGCCAGACUCCCCCUCACCGGUUCUUCUUGCCGCUGCCGCCGCUCGCCUGAGGACGGAGGACGGAGGGAGGGGCGGCUCCUGCUGCUGCUGCUUCAUCCUUGCCCGCGAAGCUGCCGCCGCUCGCCUGAGGCAGGGGAGGCCAUGGAUCCGGGCGCCGGCGACGAGGACCCGGGCUUGUGGGACCUGUUCCGGCACUACGACGAGCUCUACUUCCGCUGCGCGCUCGCCGACGCCGCCUUCUCCGUCGAGUGGGUCUCCCCGCGCACCAAGGCGAUCACGUGUUUCGGAUCCUGUUCCUUUGGAGACCUGCACAGAAUAACACUCUACAAGCCAGCGCUGCAGUAUCGCACGAAUGCUGAUACGAAGAACGCCCUGCUGCAUCUGAUGAUUCACGCAAUCAUAUUUCUAAAGCAUGGUCUGACGAGCCUCGGCCAUGGCCCUGUUUUUCGUGAUUGGAUGGAUGCUAUCAACACUUGCCCCUGCGAGGAUCACGCGAGACCGACAGGUGGCUACUGUAUCACAACUACUCAUGAUUUCAGUCAGGAGAAAUCCUGCAACAUACAGGGUUUUUUGUGGAAGUGUGAAUCGUGUGGCCAUACACUUGUGAGGGCCAAGAAGCUGAAACAUCCAUCUGAUUCCUGCUGUAUCGAGAAUGUUAGCCAACAUCCAACCUGUGGCAACAUGCUUUGCCACUGGCACAACCACAAGAUGGAUUGUGGUGGUACAUAUGUGCUGACCAAACCACCAGUGACACCACAAAAGAUGGCUCUAAAAGGAGGUAGCAGCUCCUCGAAGAAGGCAAGCAACAGUAAUAUGCCUGAAGACCUUCAGAAAGCAAUUGUUUUGUCUGCUGCCCCUCCGAGAAGGUUGACGACGAAGCAAGAGCUCAUCGCAUGGGCGAAGCGCGAGCAAUUGCUUACCGGGAGUCGCGGCGAUGCAACAAAAUCACUGGGCAGCAGCUCCCCAAAGAAGGCAGAUGCCUCUCGGAAGGCGAUUGUCCUCUCUGCUGCCCCUCGGACCAGAGGACUGAAACGGAAGAAAACAUCUGGUACGUCGGAGGAGCGCGGGUUCUUUUCUCCAGGGAGUUGCAGCAACGCAAACCCGCCGAGAAGCGACACCUCCGGGAAGGACCCUCAGAGAUCCGGUGUGCGGCCCUGUGCAUCUCAGAAGAAACUGAAGCUGGUGCAAGACCUGGUCGCAUUGGAGAAACACAUUUCCCGGGCUGCUGCCACGGGAAGCACGCUCAAGCAGCCGACCAAAUCCGGCUCCUCGGCGAAGGCACGGAGGCAGCAUCAGCAGCCUGAAGACUGCCCGAAAACAGCCGCUCAGCCCGCCGUCCCUCGCACUCGGAGUGAACCGAAGCAGUCGAGCCGUGCCGCGCCGGAGAGGCGAGCGGCGGGAAGCAAGGCUGGGGGCUCUGCUGAGAGAAAAGAGUACGUUUGUUUCAGCCUGUGGCAGAACUUCUACGAAUCGGAGUGUUCGAGUGGAUCGGCCGAGCCGUUCGUAAACAAAAGAACGUUGCGGAGGAAAAGGCAGAGGGAACGCUUGGUUCAGAGAGCACGUUCAAGCUCCAUCAAGGUCAGACCGGAUGAGUUGGCCUCGUCUGGACAAACCAAGCCACCAUCUCCAGACUUGGAGGUCAUUGCUGUCGAUGUCGAGGUGAUGGCUGAAACCCCUGCAGGCCAGUCCCGGCCACCAGCUCCAUCCAUUGACGUUCUUGUCGAUCAGGUGGUGACUCAAGCCCCUGGAGCUGGAGGUCAGUCCCAGCGACCAGCUCCAUCCAUGGACGUUCUUGUCGGUCAGUUGGUGACUCAAGCCCCUGGAGUUGGAGGUCAGUCCCAGCCACCAGCUCCAUCCAUGGACGUUCUUGUCGGUCAGGUGAUGACUCAGACCCCUGCAGAUCAGUCACAGCCACCACCAGCUCCAUGCUCCAUCGCCGCUGGUCAGGUGAUACUGAUAGACAUUUCUGAUGACGACGAUGAUGAUGACUGAACUCCUGUUCCAUCACCCUGUACUCUGCUUACUCUGGAUUAACUUGCCGGUCGGUGCUUACUAUAGGUAGGUAGUAGACUAGUAGUAGCUUAUCACUGUAGUUUCAACAUCGAACCAGUGCUUAAUCUUAGCAUCGUCAAGCAGGCACAGCUGAUUUUCUGUGGAGGCAUAGGGCUCUGACGGUCUGGCCUGAACGGGGAAACAUCCAGUGAGAUGGCGCGUGGCGCUAUGAAUGACUCUCUUCCUGUAAUAUUUUCUGAGACACUGGCUUGGGCAUGGUGAACUGAAGCAUGUAAGUUAGCUGCACUGCAACAUUGAAACAUGCGCGUAUAUAUCCUUGUGCGUGCGGUUUUACUGGUCA